AUUUUACACACAUGCGUAUAUGACGGAAGUUCCACCAUUUUGGAUCUCCGGGGGCUACAGUAGCUAGCUGUUGCUGUUAGCUUUCGCAACCUAUCGUUACUUUUUGAUCGGGUUUUAUUUUCCCGCUCUGAUAUUAAAGUUGAGUGAAAGACAGAAAUCCGCCCCCGUGUUCGGAUCUGAGCCUGAACAUGGACGGAGAAGAGGACGACUUCGUGUCCGGGAGCCGCUCCGAUGACGGAGGCGGCACUCCGGUUCAGGACGAACACCAGGGGUCAGACGGCGAGGAGAUGAGGAGCGACAGACAUCAGUCUGAGGACGAGGGCAGCAACGACGAGGACGCCCCCCACGCCAUGGAGGCCAGCGGGGCGGCCAGCGGCUCCGACGACGAGGAUCACAGAGGAGGCGACAGCGACUCGGAGGCCGAGGCCCCCGGGGGCCGCCGUGACGAUAAAAGUGACUCAGAGACGGAGGCUCCUCGGCCCGCCGACAGCGACGAGGACUCUCCGGUCAAACGCAAGGCGAGCGGCUCGGACGACGAGGCGGAGUCGCUCGCCAAACGCGGAGCUUCAGAUAACGAGGAGGCGGGAGGGUCGUCUCCCGCCAAGCGCAGGGGGAGCAGCUCGGACAUGGAGGAGGGGCCCAAAGCGGCCGCAGACAGCGACUCAGAGAACGAGGGCGCCAAACCUGCGGCGUCCCCCGACCGGCGGUCCAACGCAGACAGUGACUCUGACACAGAGACGCCUGCCAGACGCAAGGCGGCACAGAUAGACUCUGAGGAGGAGGAGGAGAAACCUCAGGAGGGAGGAGGAGGAGGAGGAGGGAAGUGGAAGGCUGUGAUGCAGUCUGACAGUGAGGAGGAGGAGGAGGGGGGGAGGAGGAGGAAGGCUGCAGCAGGAAGUGAUGGGGAGCAGCAGGAGGAGAGGGAGCAAAGGGACGACAGCGAGGACGAGAAGCCAGUGAAGAGGAAGAAGGCCGUCCUGUCCGACAGCGAGGAUGAAGACGAGGAGAAGGCAGACAAGCCAGCGGUGAAGAGGAGCCGCGCCGUGUCCGACGACGAGAACUCGGACAGCGACGUCGGCGGGCCCGAUAAGAGCAUGGCCGCCAAACUGCGAGAGCUCGGCUCGGACAGCGGGAGCGAGGACGACGAGGGGUCGAAGGCGGCGGCGGGGAAGAAGGACGAAAAGGCGCUGUUCGGCAGCGACAGCGAGUCUGGAGAAGGAGACGAGGAGGAGAAGAUGAUCGCGGACAUCUUCGGGGAGUCCGGAGACGAGGAGGAGGAGGAGUUCACGGGGUUCAACCAGGAGGACCUGGACGGGGCCAAGAAGGAGGCGAAGGAGCAGCAGCAGGUGGAGGAGGAGUCCGACUCCGACGACGGCGUCGACCGCAGCGGCCAAGACACCAGCUUCAUGUCCGACUUCGACAUCAUGCUCGCUCGGCGGAAAGCCAUGAACAGCAAGAAGAGGCGGCACCGCGACGGGGGCACGUUCAUCAGCGACGCGGACGACGUGGUCAGCGCCAUGAUCACCAAGAUGAACGAGGCCGCAGAGGAGGACCGAACGCUGAACAGCCAGAAGAAACCGGCGCUGAAGAAACUCACUCUGCUGCCGCAGGUCGUCAUGCACCUGAAGAAGCAGGACUUGAAGGAGACGUUCAUCGACAGCGGCGUGAUGUCGGCCAUUAAAGAGUGGAUCAGUCCUCUGCCGGAUAAGUCGCUGCCUGCUCUCAGGAUCAGGGAGGAGCUCCUGAGGAUCCUGCAGGAGCUGCCCAGCGUGAGUCAGGAGACUCUGAAGCACAGCGGCAUCGGACGAUCCGUCAUGUUUCUGUACAAACAUCCCAAAGAGUCUCGAUCCAACAAAGACCUCGCUCUCAAACUCAUCAAUGAGUGGUCGCGGCCGAUCUUCGGUUUGACGUCCAACUACAAGGGGAUGACGAGAGAGGAGCGCCAGCAGAGAGACCUGGACCAGCAGAUGCCUCAGAGACGGAGACUAAGCUCGGGGGGCCAGACGCCUCGGAGGGACCUGGAGAAACAGCUGACCGGAGAGGAGAAAGCUCUGCGACCCGGCGACCCCGGGUUCUGCGCCAGGGCUCGGGUGCCGAUGCCCUCCAACAAAGACUACGUCGUCCGACCCAAAUGGAACGUGGAGAUGGAGUCCAGCAGGGGUCCGAUGAAGAAGGGGAUGUCCCGCGUCGAUAAACAGAUGCGUAGAAUCGCAGACAUCCGCCGCCUGACGAAGCCGGGUCACGCUGUUAAAAUCAGCGUGGAAGGAAACCGGAUGCCGCUCUGAUUUUAACCUCCGUAGGAUUUAUUCACUUUUUUUCUUUUUAAUGUGUUGUGCCUGAACACAAUCCCCCCCCCCCCUUCCCUCCUCAGGUCUGUAAAUCACGUGACAUCUGCUGUAAACUCAUCUGGUCUUUGGACACUAAAUAUAAAAUCUUCUCCAAAAUGAUCCAUUAAAUAAAAGCUAACUUUUAUUAAUGUUAGCAUUCAGGCUAUGUUAACUUUAUUUUAAUAUUAUCUCCCAAUUUAUGUUAGCAGUUAGCUACAUAAACCACCAUGUUAACUAAAGUUAGCAUUACAAUAGCUUCAACUCCAUAAUAUUAGCUAAUGUUAGCGGUCAGCUACAUGUUAGCACUAUGCUUCACCUCCUAACCAGUUAAUUAUCAUUCAUGUUUAUAUCCCAAAUUCAUAACAUUAGCUAAUGUUAGCAGUCAGAUACAUAUGCUAAAUCUCAAACUAGCAAGGUCCAUAAGAUGAACUUAUGUUAGCAGCUACAUUAGCACCAGCUCCAAACCAGCUGGGUCCUCACUGUCAGCUAAUGUUAGCACUAGCUUUACCUCAAAGCCAGCUAAUUAGCAUUCAUGUUUAUAUCCCAAAUCCAUAAUAUUAGCUAAUGUUAGCAGUCAGAUGACUUGGUGGUAAAGCUAAUGUAACUAAGUCAAUAACAUUAGCUAAUGUUAGCUGUCGGCUACAUAAACAGGAACAGCUCGUAACGCAGCCCGCUUGAGGAUCAUUUUGGUGACAUUUUACAGUUUUUUGUCCAAAAUAUUUACUAAUUUUCUGAUACUGGAUUUAAGAACAAACUCUUUCCCCGUCGCCCUCUUUGCCUCUGAAUGUGAAGAUGUUUUGCUAAUAGGCUCGCCAGACCUCCUCCUCAGUCCAUUUUGUCCCCUCUCUGCUCCCGUAGCGGCUGUACAGAAGUAUGUAAAGUGAGUUCACGCCGGCAACACUGCGACUCUGAUCCCAGAUCUGGUUCAGAGUCGGUGUGUUGAUUGUGUGUUGAGCCUGUCUGUUUGCAAUGGAUCAGAUACUUUUCUUAAUAAAGACUCAACAGAAACUCA